AUGUCGCAACGGCUUGCUGCACUCCAGGCACUCUAUGAUGAGGGGCAGCGCCCUGACAGGGACAUGUCCAUGGACCAAAGCCUCGACUCGUCCACGUCGCUCGACUUGAGGCCGCCACCGGCGCAGAACCUGCUUAUGUCUACAGAGGAUGAGCAGGAGGAUACGGCAUCUGAAUUGGCCGACGAUGCAGACGAGGAUCGCACGCCUGAAGAGACGGCGCCUACUCCGAAGCGCCCUUCGUCUACGUCUGCGACGCCGCGCACGGCCACGACGCGGUCGUCAUUGUACAAUACGCCUGCGCACUUGGACGAGGGUAGCUUGAAUGAUACGUCGUCAUCCAUUACAACGUCUCUGCGCGCGAGCCAACUUGCUCAGAGUCGCGAUGCGCUGCAUGUGCUGGAUGAGGACGAGGGUGAGGGCGACACCGAGCUGAACGCGUCGCGCUCUGGCCACUGGGGCGUACAGGAGAUGCGCCGCCGGACGGAGGCGGGCAUCUCGAUCAAGUCGACGCUACAGAAAAUUGAGCAGCUCACAGCUGAGCGGGACGAUCUGAAGAUCGAGGUCGACUUUCACCGGCGCAACAUGAGUCCCGAGGACGUCGGCGCCGAGGUCAUAUCGCUGCGCCAGGAGAAGCUCAGCUACGUGCGGCGCCUGCAGAAGAUGACCGAGCUCGUGAAGAGCCAGGACCAGGCACUCAAGACGGUGAACCGGCAGGUAAAGCAGUGGGAGACCAAGCUGGCAGACUAUGAGCAGCUCCAGGAGCAGUUGCGGCAGGCCGAGGCGCGCGCGCACACUGCUGAGCAAAAGCAACGGGGCGACAGCGCCGCGCCCCAUGUCGCGCAACUCGAGGCGGCCCUUCGCGCCGAGCAGGCCGAGCGUCUUGCGCUGCAGGCGCAUGUCGAUGCGAUGCGCGAGGGUGCGGCUCCCUCGUCCGGUGACGAGGCGCUGCGCUACGGAGACAGCAGCGGUGCGGACGAUGCGCCGGCGUUGCAACAACAGCUAGAUGAGCAGCACGACGUGAUCUGUGAGCUGCAGGACGCCCUGGCAGCUGAGCGCCUCGUUGUCGCCGAGAAGGAGGGCGAGAUGGACCGGCUUGAGGCCGCACUGGACGAGGCUGAGUCGAUGACGGGCGAGCUACAGGCGCAGCUGCAGACACGCGAGGCUUCUCAUGCUGCGGCGCUGGCCGACGUGCAGCGGCUCACAAGUGAGCUGGCCGCUGUGCGGCGGCAUCACGAGGGCAUCGAGGCGGCGCUUCAGGAGCAGUGUGCCGCGUCUCGGGCGCAGUUCGACGAUGCUCAGGCGGCCAUGGAGCGUCUCGCUGCGCAGCACGCGGACCUCGAGGACCUGAAUGCGCGCCUGAACGACAAGCUCGUGCAGCUCGUGCGCGACCUGAAAGAGGAGGAGGAGGCGCGCGAGAAGGCGGAUGUCGACUGGUCGCAGCGCUACGAUACGAGCGAGGCGCACACGCGGCACUCGCUAGCCGCGAAGGACGCCCUUAUCGAGUCAUUAGGGCAGCAGGUCGCGCAGGCGCGCGACGAAGCGCGGCGGCUGCAGGAGCAGCACCGCGCCCACGAGGCACAGGCGCAGCGCACGCUGACAGAGGCACAUGCGAAGCACCAGCGCGACGUCGAGCGCCUGCGAGGCGAUCUUGACGAGAAGCUGCAGCUGUGGCAGGAGGCGCAGGACGAUGUCGCGCGGCUACGUGUGGAGACGGGCGAGCUGGCGACCGCGCUACAAGGCGAGACGCGCACGCGACUCCAGGCGCAGGAGCGUUUGGAGAACACGCAGCGUGCGCUCGAACAGGCGCGUCUCGAGGCGGAGCGCGCGUCCUUGGCGGCUGCCGAGUCGGCGCGUCGCGAUGCGUCGUCGUCGGCGCGAAGCCUCGAUGCGUCAACGCGCCCACAGCUGGCGGAGCGCAAUACGCUCCUCUUGGCCGUGUUCGAUGGCCUCGUGCGUGCGCUGGGCGAGGAGGCAGCGCCGGGCGAAGCGCGCUUGCUUCACACCCACUUUUCGCAGUUCCACGACAAGGUGACGCAGCGGCUGCGGCGCCUUGCAGCAAUCCAGACACACUUUUCGCAGCGAGCGGAAGCCCUCGAGAAGGACCAUGCAGCGAGGCUGGCGUACGUAUCUAUGGCACACUGA